AUGGAGACGACCACCAUGGAAGAAAGUGACGGAGAUGGAGACGGCCACGGUGGGAGAAAGCGAUGGAGACAGAGACGACCACCGUGGGAGAAAGCUACGGAGCUGGAGACGACCACAAUGUCUAGUCGAUCACGAAGAUCAGAGAGAACUGCCCGCCCUGCAUCUGAAGAAAGGGAUGAAUCUCUUGUUAAUCCUCCAACUUACGCUUCAAGGAGUAGAGGUCGUGGAAGGGGUAGAGGUAGAGGUAGAGGUCGAGGGAGGAGUCGGAUUCCGGAAAGGAGUCAGGCUGAGAUUCGCCCUGUUCAAGGGGAAUCUAUUUUUGGAAAUGUACACCAGGAGCAGAGGCAGCAAUCUGAGUUUAUAACUAGAGAUGUAUUGGCAGAAGAAAUAGGGAAAUUUAGGAAAACUUUGAUAUCCAUUAUGGGAUUACCAGCCAGAGUAGAAACUGAGCGAGUUGGAAUCAAUCCCCUAGCUCCCUCAGCAGGCCGCAAUAACCGAUGUUAG